AUGGCGGAAAUCCGUCGCAAGUUGGUCAUCGUCGGUGACGGUGCCUGUGGAAAGACCUGUCUGCUCAUUGUCUUCUCCAAGGGUACUUUCCCAGAGGUCUACGUCCCGACUGUCUUCGAGAACUAUGUCGCCGAUGUCGAGGUGGACGGCAAGCAUGUUGAGCUAGCGCUAUGGGAUACCGCCGGCCAGGAAGAUUACGACAGACUCCGACCGCUCUCCUACCCCGACUCGCAUGUCAUCCUCAUCUGUUUCGCCGUCGACUCGCCCGACUCGCUUGAUAACGUGCAGGAAAAGUGGAUCUCAGAGGUCCUGCACUUUUGCUCGGGUCUACCUAUCAUCUUGGUGGGUUGCAAGAAGGAUUUGAGAUACGACCAGAAGACCAUUGAGGAGCUGCACAAGACUUCGCAGAAGCCCGUGACGCCUGAGCAGGCCGAGGAUGUCCGCAAGAAGAUUGGUGCUCAGAAGUACCUCGAGUGCUCCGCGAAGACCAACGAGGGCGUUAGGGAGGUCUUCGAGCAUGCAACACGCGCUGCGUUGCUCACACGGAAGAAGAGCAAGAAGAGAGGUUGCAACAUCUUGUGA